AUGAAAUGUGCCACUAAGCUCGUGUAUCGCAGAGAAGGCUACAGGGAGUUUGCCACCGAAACGGCUACAGUGCCGUUGGUAAGGGCGACACCAGUUUCCCGAUCCGAUUGGGAGAGGAACAGGCGCAACACAGAGGAGUCGUACUCUCAUACGGAUGAUUUAGAGGCUGAAAGCAGGCGAGUAAUCUCUAGAAACCAUAAGGGUUUUGGACGACCUCAUACGCAUAAGACCAAGAUUGGGACUACUUUUAUCGCAAAACUGCAGAAUGUGUCGUCGAAUACCCCAAAGGAGGAGCUGCGAUCAUUGUUGAUGAAUAUAUCGCAGCAUAUAGAUGAGUUGAAUGAGUACGAGCUGGUGGACAUUGGGUACUACCUUACGCGAGUCAACAGUGAAGACUGCGCAUCCGUUGUAGAGCCGAUACUGCACCGUUUUUUUUCGCUACCUGAACGCCAUUCAUGUUUAAAUGGCGUUUAUAUACACAGAUUGCUGCGGACCAUGUUCAUAUACCAGGAUGUGACCUAUCGCGUGUGGGUAUAUGAAGUGGCCCAGAUUGUAGGAACAAAGCACCGCCAUCUUUUGAUGCGCGAUGUCCAACUUGUGAUCGAUGACCUAUCCCUAUUCUACGACGCAGCCGCACAGGGCUCACUCAAGAAGUUCGAAGAUGUCAUUCUACGUCGGGCGCACGAAUUGGAAAUAGGGAGACUUCCUUUGGUGAUACAUGCUCUUGGUCGGUCUGGUUAUAACACCAUAGAAGUUGCAAGGGCGAUACACAACGUGUAUAUGAGAAAAAAGGGGCAUCCUGACUUUUAUCUGUGCCAUUUGAUUGGGCUUUUGCUGAAAGGAUAUACGACGUUUCAUUUUCACCCUGGAAAAGCAUUCUUGGACGACGCGUGGGAGCACUUGAAGGAUGGCAUAAAGACAGCAGAGUUCAAGUACAUCUCAUGGUUGGCAGAAUCCUUUCUAAAGUUGCGUUAUGUUGAACAUGCGCCAGCAGUGUUGGACGAGCUUCUCGAAAAGCAGCACCUGUUGAGCCACCUGGAGUUCACUGACUUCAUAUCCGGAUGUUGGUCAAUUCAAUCAUACAUACUCUCCGAGGAGUUUCGGAAGUAUGUUAUUCCCGGAUCAGAAUGGCAGCUGGCUAGUCAUGAAGGCGAGGAGAGUCCCGCAGAUGAAACCACGGCGGGGACAGUACAUACCUUGUACACCUACUACAAGAAACUGCUGCGCGCCAUUAUGGAUGGUAUGUCGAGCAAGAUAUAUAAUUCCACGCCUCCCUACCGCGCCACACAAUUUGAGCUGCUUACCAGGCUGUUGGUCAUCUAUCCGAACCCACGUGACUUCAGGACGAUCCUGCCGCUCAGAAAGUUCGACUCCGUUUACCCGAUAAUGCAACUCCCUUCAGAGGAAGAACCCCCAGUCGGUAGCGUCGACUUUAUAUUCAGGAAUCACGCUCACCUGCAAGCAUCACGUUUUUUCGGCGAUGGGCACACAUUGAACGACGCAUUAGAAACCAGCGUUGAGUCCUGCCAGGAUCGCAAUGAUUCCACCAUACAGAUGGAUAAUGCUAAUGAAUCGUUAUCGGAAAAGUUGCGUUGUGGAAAUCGGGAGCCUGACCUUCAACCUCUACCGGGCCUGUUGAAGCAGUACCUUCAUUCGCUCUUCUUCAGGACACCGGCGCUUGCUCCGAGAGGAAUUCGCAUCUUGAUGCAGGGUUUAGUACGCAUCCAUUUCGAGAAGCGGGAGGAUUGUGUGCUGGAACCCGAUUUAUUGCCGCCGAUGAAAACUGCAUUCCACAGUCGCCCAUUCUCACGCGCUAUUAUCCGAGAAGUAUACCGCAAGCUCGCCUGUUACAACACAGACGACCUGCUCGUCACGCUAUACUGCAUGUUUCCCCUUCGGAUGUUUGAGUUGGACCUUGCGCCGACACUGUUAUCACAACUUACUGGCAUGUGGGUGCACCAAUUGAGGGAUGAUGGGUUAACUCCAGACCAAACACGUCUGAUACGGUUGUUUUAUAAUACUCUUAAGGUAAAUGCAGUCGAACUAUACAAAGGAUUGGACAAGAACCACCUUGAAACCAUCAUGAGAGACGUCGAAGGUUGA